UUCACGCUUGUGACUCACCGACUAAAGCAAGCUCCUCUGGGUUAUGAUGAAUUCAUUCUAAAGAUGACUAUGUGCUAGAGAUCUAAUUGCAGCCGAACUGGACAAUUUUGAGAUAUCGAAGCAACUCUGUUUUAUCUACAUAUCUGAGAGUAUAAAGGAAGAUAUAUUACUUUUAAUUUUAAAUUAGUAAAUUAUUCAAUAUUCAAACAUAUUUUGGGGUAAGUUAUCUUACAUAUAAACGGACAGAAGCGGCGAAUGAAGUCGUCAAGCGUUGAUCCAUCGGGAAGUUGACAGUAAUUGAAGUGAAAUCGACCUAAACAUGAUAUCUCGUCAGAGUAAAGAUUUUCUCGUAAGGAUCGCCGGUUACUGGAAGCCGCUUUUCAAAGGCAGGUUUCUGAUCGUGACGAACACGGUGAGCUGCGGAGGAAUGUUGGCGGCGGGCGACUUCAUCCAGCAGACGCGCGAGACGCGGAGGACGCCCGGCCGAACACGUGACUGGUCGCGUACAGGUUGUAUGUUUGCCGUCGGAUGCUCUAUGGGUCCCUUCAUGCACUACUGGUAUCUGUGGCUGGACAAAUACUUUCUAGGCACAGGCAUCAAUAAUGUCUGCAAGAAAGUGCUUACUGAUCAGCUGGUUGCAUCGCCAGCACUGGGAGCCUGGUACUUUCUAGGUAUGGGUAUGAUGGAGGGUCACACUUUGUCUGAGGCACAAGCAGAAUUCAGAGACAAAUUCUGGGAGUUUUACAAGGCAGAUUGGUGUGUUUGGCCAGCAGCUCAAAUGGUAAACUUCUACUUCUUGCCACCCAAGUUUCGUGUCCUUUAUGUGAAUAUAAUUACCCUGGGAUGGGACACUUACCUCUCCUACCUCAAACACAGAGUAUAGAGACCACAUCAGAAGCUGAGUGAACUGCCUGAAUAUGUCUGAAGAAAGAGAAUAUUUAGAAAUACUGCUACAAUCCCGAGACUUUUAAUGGACAGCUUUUUGUUUUUAAAUUUCAUAUAAUUUUCUCCAGUAAUAUCAGGUACUUUGGCAAAAAGAAAUAAGGUUACUUGCCAUUGCUAUCUUAUAUAUAAUUUUAUAUAUUCUAAUAAUGGUAUAGAAUACAGUUUUUAUAGUAAUCUAUAGUUAAAAUAAUCAUGUUAUUAAUCAGUAAUUGCUGAUAUAAUUUUCAUAUACAUUGGAGAAAUGUAUGCAUGAUUGUUACUAUUGAUCUUAUGUUCAGAAAUUGCCUUCACACGUAAAUUUUUGCCUAAUUAUUUUUUUUUAUGAUAAAUAUAUUCGUUGAAUAGAACUUUUGAUGUCUGCUUUGUCAUUAUGUGAAACUACUUGAAAUUGUGAUUUUUUUAAUGAAAGAAAAUAAAAUAUUUUUUUGUGUGUUGAAUAUUACUAUAAA